AUCCCUGGGGGCGGAGCUUGGGGACGGAAAGGGGCGUGGCCAUGACGUGGAGCUGAAAUCUCUGAGGGGGCGGAGUCAAAGCCUGGAGGCGGAGCUCAAUGCCCUGAGGGGGCGGAGCCAGCGAUUGGAGGCGGAGCUUGAAAAGGAAAGGGGGCGGAGCCAAAACCUGGAGGUGGCACUUGAAAAGGAAAAGGGGCGGAGCCAAAGCCUGGAGACAGAACUUAAAGAGGAAAGGGGGCGGAGCCAAAGCCUGGAAGCGGAGCUUGAACAGGAAAAGGGGCGGAGCCAAAACCUGGAGGCGGAGCUUGAAAGGGAAAAGGGGCGGAGCCAAAGCCUGGAGGCGGAGCUUGAAAAGGAAAAGGGGCGGCGCCAAAGCCUGGAGGCGGAGCUUGAAAAGGAAAAGGGGCGGAGCCAAACAAUGGAGGCGGACCUGGAUGCGGAAAAGGGGCGGAGCCAAACAAUGGAGGCGGAGCUGGAGGCGGAAAAGGGGCGGAGCCAAAUCCUGGAGAUGGAGCUGGAGGCGCUGAGGGGGCGGGGCCAUGGAACGGAGGGGGUGGAGCCAAGCCCGGAGCAG